AUGGGCGCUUGGAUACGCUCCGAAGAGUCGUGUAAAGUGUUAUACUCUUCCGUUACAAUUGCGUUAGCGGCGGGUGAAGGUCAUCUGGAAGUAGUGAAGUGGCUAGUAGAGGCGAGAGGAGGAGAGUGCUCGGCUGCCCCACUGCAUCAAGCAGCAAGAUGUGGACAGUUGGAAGUAGUCGAGUGGCUGUACGAUCACUCUGGGUGUAUUAUUCUGCCUCGUGCGAUGGAUGAGGCUGCAGCCUGUGGAUAUCUUGACGUGGUGCGAUUCUUACAUGAAAGAGGAGGACGGGACGGUGGCAAUAGUAAAUGCACGACCAUGGCCAUGACGGGCGCUGCUGUCAACGGCCACCUGGACGUCGUUAAGUGGCUCCAUGAGAACAGAGACGAAGGGUGCACUACUGAUGCUCUCGACGGCGCGGCACGUAAUGGACACUUGGAGCUGGUUCAGUGGUUGCACGAGCACAGGAGUGAAGGAUGCUCGACCCAAGCGAUGAAUGGAGCGGCUAGAGGAGGUCACCUACGUAUUGUAAAGUUCUUACAUGAACAUCGUAGUGAAGGCUGUACAUACAACGCCAUGAAUUGGGCCGCUUUCGAGAACCACCUGGCUGUCGUACAGUUCUUACAUGAAAAUCGCACCGAAGGCUGCUCUCGACACGCGAUCAACGAAGCAGCAAAGCGCGGUCAUCUAGCCAUGGUCCAAUGGCUCCAUUCGAACCGUUCCGAGGGGUGCAACCGAAUGGCCAUGGAUGACGCUGCUACUCUGUCUCACCUUGAUGUUGUUAGCUUUCUGCAUUUUCAUCGACUCGAAGGGUGCACAGUCGCUGCAAUGGACGGAGCUGCAGAGCACAAUCGACUAGAUAUUGUGCAAUGGCUACAUGAAAACCGAGAUGAAGGCUGUUCAAUGCGAGCGAUGGACCGCGCCGCGCGGAAUGGCCAUCUACGAAUGGUCCAGUGGCUUCAUGAACACCGAGCAGAAGGCUGCACUACCGACGCAAUGGGCGGCGCUGCUGAAGGAGGACAUGUUGAAGUUGUCAAGUUCUUACACGCAAAUCGUGCUGAAGGGUGUACGACGCACGCGAUGGACGCAGCGGCAAGGAAUGGGCAUCUCGCUACAGUGAGAUGGCUACAUGAGAACCGCACGGAAGGGUGCACGGCAACAGCCUUGGACGGCGCGGCAGCUAACGGGCACUUGGAUGUGGUGCAAUUCCUUCACAAUAAUCGCACUGAUAAGUGUACAGCACGAGCGAUGGACACGGCAGCAGGUCGAGGUGACAUUGUUAUGCUGAAAUGGCUUCGCAAGAACCCACAUGCAGAGUGCAGCGCUCAUGCGUCUCUUUUUGCUGUUGCGCACGACCACGUGGAAGUAUUGCACUGGCUUCGACAGCAUUAUUCUAGCUCAUUGGCCCGUAGCGAAGAUCUCUACAGCACAGCCCAGUAUUAUGGUCGCGUGCACGUUCAAGCGUAUCUCCUCGACCUGUGGACUCCUGGAAGUUAG